AGCUGUGCCUGUGACGCUUCGCACAAAGUUUCUGAAGCAUGGGAGACAAGAGGAGUCCGACGAGGUAAAAGCAAACAGAAAGAAACUCCCACAGCCGGUGGCUUCAAGAAACUCGGGACCGUCUCAGGGCUUGAAACAGACCAUAGGGCAGCGCGCGUGAAUGAGAAAGACGCAACAGAGUGGCCACCAUGGCGGACUGGGUCUUUUAUCAACCUAAAGUGUCGUUUCAGUAAAGAACGCGUCGCUUGCGCAGGCGUCCGGCUGACGUUGUGCAUGGAUAGGAUCAGAUAUGUGUGUCGGAGAUUUCUACAGUCCGAGAUGUGAUGUUCUCUCUGUUUGUUUUGCUUUUUGAGCCGAAACGGCAAGCGAAGCCCUCCUCCGACGACGGCUACUGGGACUGCAGCGUGUGUACGUUCAAGAACAGCGCCGAAGCGUUCAAAUGCAUGAUGUGCGAUGUCAGGAAGGGCACGUCAACGCGGAAACCUCGUCCUGUUUCCCAGCUGGUAGCCCAGCAAGUCACACAGCAGUUUGCUUCACCCACACAGCCCAAGAAAGAGAAAAAGGAGAAGACUGAGAAGGACAAGAACGAGAAAGAACCGACACUGAAAAAGAACAGCCACAAGAAAAUGAGGCCCAGGUUAAAAAAUGUGGACCGCAGCAGUGCACAACAUCUGGAAGUGACAGUGGGAGAUCUGACGGUUAUUAUAACAGACUUUAAGGAGAAAAGUAAGCCCUCCUCCAGUUCGUCCUCCAGUGCAGCAUCUGGAGACCACCACAGCCAGAGCGGAUCCAACUCAGACAACACAGAGAAGGGGAUCUCCAGAUCCUCGUCCCCACGAGGGGAGGGUUCCUCACUCAACGGGGAAUCUCACUAGGAACCCGUGGAUUAUGAACGUUACUUCCAGUCUCCUGCACCUAAUAUAUCCAUUUUAAAUGAACCGACACAGGAGCACGCUUAUGUAUGCCAAGACUUAACAAGACACAGGCUUAACCCAGCAAUAUAAGCCAUCUCUCACUACUACCACAGUUACAGAAUCUGAAACAUAGGUUUUCUCCACGAUGCACUCGUCCUGGUUUGUUACAGUGCCCAGUAGGUCAGCUUGAGAUGAACUGUAGACUUUGUAAGCAAUUUUGAUGAUUGAAUUUUGACAUUUUGACAAUUUAAUUUCUAUAGCACGUGGUAGUAUUAUGAAUCAGAUAAGUGUUGUUGUCUGUUUGGAUUUGGACAUUGACACCCAUCCUAGUUCUCUUCACUAUUGUGACAAUUUCAUAGACCAUUAUUUUUUAAAAAUCACAAUCUGUAAUUUCUGCAACAUUUCGGUAAUUAGCCCUGGGGCUUAAAAACUUUCAACUGGAACAUUGUUGAGAAAGUAUUUGCUUCUUCAUUAAUGAAAUGUCAGUUGCAAAUUGUUACUUUAAAAUACUUAAAUGCAUUACAGGAUGAGCGUUAAGCCAUCUAUAAAUAACUGACCCAAACAGGACUUCCUUUCUCAAUUGUUUGUUGCACCUGCUGGUACCUUUUGUAUGAUUGUAUGAGAAAAGCCUUUAAACGCAGAAAUUCAUUGUUUAAUUUGUUCUUGUUCAUGUUGUUUUAUUUGAAACUUGUCAUAGAUUGCAUCACUUGUGCGGCUAGAUGUUCUACCAGCGCUGUUUUGUGUUAGAUUUGUCUUGAUAUAAUUCUCUUAAUUCCGAAAGAAACAUAACAUUUAUGACUAAAAAUGACAAAUGUAUUUGUAAGAAUUCAUCCCCUCCUUUAUGAUGAACAGUGGUAUAUAAAUAUAUUGCAGUAUAGGAAAUAUCUCUUAAUAAAAUUUAAGAUUUAGA